CUAUUAUAAUAUUGUAUGAUACUAUCACUACUUAGUGAUAGACUGUGAUUCGAUAGUCUUAUUUUGUAGUAUUGAAAUAAUAUGUAAGAUUGUAGACGUUUUCUUAAGUGAUUUUACACAUGUAAAUAUGGAAGACAUUUCUUAGCGGACUUGGACAUUUUAAGAAAUUUCAAUGGGUCUUUGGUCUUCAAAGGAAGGUUACAGGUCGUCGUACCUACCUUCCAAUGCAGUGUCUCGAGAAGAGUGGGCGGCCAAGACGCCCAGAGAGCGGCGCGUGCAGGUACUACCCGCUCAGACAGUAACUGUUUCCUACACGGAUACAGAGCCUUGCACGACUAGGGACGAAUGUGUAAAAAGGGUGCAAACCAUUCAGACACUGGACAUGCAGGAAGCAGGUGCUCCAGAUAUAGAACACCAUUUCCUAGUGGGCGGGGAUGGGCGGGUCUAUGAAGGGCGGGGAUGGAGAUCAGCUGGGCGGCAAUACACACAGGAAGAGUUGGCCGCCCUAAACAACAGAUCUAUAGAUAUCGCCUACAUAGGAUAUUACGAGGAAAAAGAACCUAAUCGAAAAAUGGUUGACGCUGUUAUUGAACUAAUCAAGUUUGGACUAUAUAGAAAGUUUAUUGACUCUAGGCUUAAAGUCAGUGAUAUAUUGGGCCAUGAGUGAAAAGUUUAUUUUAAUACCCUGUAAUUUAUAUAGGACAUAUUGUAUCUCAAAGUGUUGUACUUGUUUAUAUUUAUUAAAUUUGAUACGCAUU